AUGAAGUUCAACACCGCUUUGAGUUUUGCUGGAGUCACACUUCUCAACAUAGCAGGUUCCCUCUGCCAGUUAGAUGUAUGUGGUCGAGCCCCCCUAAACAGUAAGAUUGUUGGAGGGGGGAGUGCAAAAGCAGGGAAUUGGCCGUGGCAGGUCAGCGUUCAUGUCGUCGGCUUUGGCCAUCACUGUGGCGGGACUCUCAUCACUAAAGACUGGGUUAUGUCUGCAGCGCACUGCUUCCAGAGAUUCGGUGUGUCUAACAUUGUGAUGUACUUCGGGCGUCUACGCCAAUCUGGCUCAAACCCUUAUGAGACAUCCAGGACAGCGAGACAAAUCAUCACCCAUCCUAAUUAUGAUGAUUAUAGUCUUGACAACGAUAUAGCACUGAUCCAGCUCUCCUCCUCUGUGAAUUUCUCUAGUUACAUUAGACCGGUCUGUCUGUCUACUGCUAACAGUACAUUCGCUGCAGGUACAGAGAGCUGGGUCACUGGAUGGGGCAGGAUACAACCUGGAGGCCCGUUUCCUAAUAUUCUGCAGGAGGUGAUGAUACCAGUUGUGAGCAACAGUGACUGUAAAUACGCUUAUUGGACGUUCUUCACAAGGAAUAUGAUUUGUGCUGGAUUGUUAAAUCAGGGAGGGAAAAGUAUUUGUCCGGGAGACUCUGGAGGUCCAAUGCUCAGUAGGAAUGGUUCCCUGUGGAUUCAGUCCGGCAUUUCGAGUUUUACUGGGAAAAAAUGUGAUCAUCCCAACUAUCCCAGUGUGUUUGUCAGAGUUUCUCGGUACCAGGACUGGAUCAAGUCUUACACAGGCAGCAACCAGACUGGAUUUGUUGCAUUCAAUCCAACAUCCAACUCCAACUAUGGAAGGGUUCCCAACCUCCUCUUAUUCCCUCUUUGUCUUAUAUUCUCCAUCAUUACUUUCACCUCUCACUCUCCCUUCCUCAAGAUCAUUUGAACAGUAAUUCUCAGGCUUCUUUGAUGAAGAGGACAGUGCUGUACAUGCUCUCUAAAUAGGUGAAAAGAACAGUUAAUAGCA